ACGAUCAUGAAAGCUAGCUGUGUAGUCAAGACCGAAGUCCGACAAGUUUUGUACGACUUUGAAGUUGUAGAUUCAGCGAAAAUCGGGAACACCUUGAAACAGAAAGUUCAUGUUUUUGCAAGUGAUCACUGGAGGAACAUGAUUUGGGACUAGAAACUGAAGCGGAGCAACGUUAGUAAACGUAAUUAGCUUGGCCUUGGUAGUAUACAGAGUUGUUGAAGGUAGCAUUUCCAUCUCGUUGUACAUUCGAGAACAAUGUCAGAGUAUGGGGCAAGAUUUGCAACUGAGGUUCGCGGUCCGUCUGCAGCGUAUGGAGCCUGGGUAGAGAGGCGCAUCGCCGGCUAUUUACUGCAGCAGCAAGAGAAUCAUCGGCUUGGUAUCGAAACAAGAAGUAGAGACAUUGCAGACGAGGACCCAAAGAACAAGAAAACUGUUCAGAAUCUAAAGCAAUCCACGACCGAAGCAAACAUGUGCGGGGCAAUAGAGCUCGACUUGAAGCUUCAUAAAGAGUGUGUGGAAGCUGCGCGACGCGGUUGGCUGUGCAAAAAGGAAAGUGACGACUUUUUUGUCUGGAUUUCAGGGAAACCAUUUCCACAGGAACAGCUGGUCUCGGACGGAGAGGCCGGGUUGGCGCGACAGCCACAUCUCGAAAUCUGGGAGGAUGGUCCGCCCCCAGCUCGUCGCUCCUGCCGUGGCAUUUCCGGGAAUUACAUGAAGGCGCCUUCUGAUUCCGUCGCGCAGGACCAGCUUCGUGUAUGGAUGACUGUGGUGCGCCGGCGCUUUCCUGUGAAGAGUCAAAUGCCGCACUUUCCCUUUGAGCUCUUUUUGAAAGUGAAGAGCUUCAUGCGGCCGCUCGGAUCUGUCAUUCUGAAUCCGUUGUACCUAGCGGAAACUGCAACGCGCAAGCGCCAACUUGACAUUGAGCCGCUACUCGGAGCUGCCCUCAGCAACUGUUUUGCGGAUCUGAAGAAAACUACAGCAAGUGGCAGCGUCGGUUGGACUCGUGACGCGAAGAAAACUGUCAACGGCGCCAGUGUAAGUGUACGAAUCAGCCUGGGAAAUCGGGUUUUUACGUUGGAAGGUAAGAGGUCGCAGAUGUGGCCGAUGAGAAGUGAGGAUGACAUCAUCGAUAGUCCGGACUGGGAAUUCCUCCGACAGAAAGAGAUCGCAGAUAAGGCGCCUUUCGUGCGUCUUUGGCAGGAGGAGGCGAAGUACGCGAAUUUGAUGGGGAUCUUGCGCGAAUUUUUUGAAUCCAAAGGUUUGGAGUUUACCCAGAACGAGGAAGAUUGUAGCAAGUUCGAGAUCUCUUGGGAAUAACCGAGGUUCGUGUGAAAAGCUAGGACGAAGGCAUGAAGAGUUUCACAUUCAUAGGUAUCAGCUGUAUGUCCUUGACGCAGGCCCCGGCAUUGGGACAGAAUAUGUGCGUCAUCCGGGAUACGGCUGUCAGAAGAGUUGUGACAUAAGGGAAACCUGUUUGGAGAGUUGAAAACUCGAUGACAGUACGAGUAAGUACCAAAAGUAAAAGCGUUCAUCCGUUG